UGGUUGUAACACGCAGACGCUCCCUGGCGGCGGAGCGGGGGCGUGUGUAUAAAUACAGCGGAGCGCCGCUGCACGUCAGCCGGGACGGUCAGACAGACGGACGGUCAGACGGUCAGACGGACGGACAGACGGCCAGGACAGCCCCUCAGAACCCUCAGUCAGGAUGUCUAUCACCAAGAUUCAUGCCAGAGAGAUCCUGGACUCCAGGGGAAACCCCACUGUGGAGGUUGACCUCUGGACUGCCAAGGGUCAUUUCAGAGCUGCUGUUCCCAGUGGAGCCUCCACAGGCGUCCAUGAAGCUCUGGAGCUCCGAGAUGGAGACAAGAGCCGUUACCUGGGAAAAGGUACUUUGAAGGCUGUGGAUCACGUGAACAAAGACAUCGCUCCCAAACUGAUCGAGAAGAAAUUGAGUGUGGUUGAACAGGAGAAGAUUGACCAUUUCAUGUUGGAGCUGGAUGGCACUGAGAACAAAUCUAAGUUUGGAGCCAAUGCCAUCCUGGGCGUGUCUCUGGCCGUUUGUAAGGCAGGAGCAGCAGAGAAAGGAGUUCCUCUCUAUCGACACAUCGCUGACCUCGCCGGACACAAAGACGUCAUACUUCCUGUUCCUGCCUUUAAUGUCAUUAAUGGCGGCAGUCAUGCUGGGAAUAAACUGGCCAUGCAGGAGUUCAUGAUUCUGCCAAUCGGAGCCUCCAACUUCCACGAGGCCAUGAGGAUUGGUGCUGAGGUCUAUCAUAACCUGAAGAAUGUGAUUAAGGCAAAGUACGGUAAAGACGCCACCAACGUCGGGGAUGAGGGAGGAUUCGCUCCAAACAUUCUUGAGAACAAUGAGGCUCUGGAGCUGUUGAAGUCGGCCAUUGAGAAGGCGGGUUAUCCUGACAAGAUCAUCAUUGGAAUGGACGUCGCAGCAUCUGAGUUCUUCAAAGGUGGAAAAUACGACCUGGACUUCAAAUCCCCCGACGACCCAGCCAGGCACAUCACUGGAGAAAAACUGGGAGACCUUUACAAGAGUUUCAUCAAGGGCUACCCAGUUCAGUCCAUUGAGGAUCCAUUUGACCAGGACGACUGGGAGCACUGGGCCAAGUUCACUGGCUCCGUCGACAUCCAGGUUGUAGGAGACGACCUGACUGUGACGAACCCUAAACGCAUCCAGCAGGCUGUGGAGAAGAAAGCCUGCAACUGUCUGCUGCUCAAAGUCAACCAGAUCGGCUCAGUCACCGAGUCCAUCAAGGCGUGUAAGCUGGCUCAGAGUAACGGUUGGGGUGUGAUGGUCAGCCAUCGCUCAGGAGAGACUGAAGACACCUUCAUCUCUGACCUGGUGGUUGGACUCUGCACUGGACAGAUUAAGACAGGAGCUCCCUGCAGAUCAGAGCGUCUGGCCAAAUACAACCAGCUGAUGAGGAUUGAGGAGGAACUGGGAGACAAAGCCAAGUUCGCUGGGAAGCAUUUCCGCCAUCCCAAAGUCAACUAAGCCUCCUCCGUCACCGCGACGACGGUCCGAAGACUGGCUGCGCCUCCACCCGGGCUGAGAGCUGCGAGGUCAUGGUGGGGUGAAGACCCGGCCCCUUCACCUUGUUUUAUAUGCAUAACACUGAGACGCCCGUCAAAUAAAAUCUUAAACCAGA